AUGAACGACAGUACAAAGCCCGAAUUCAGCGACGACAAUUCCAUGAGUUCGUCAUUGAUCACAGCCAAGAUGACGCUCUCUUCACCAAAGGAGGACAGCUAUCGCAGCCGACACUCAGCCACGGACUCGUCUAAUCGAAAGAUCGAUUCACAGAAGCAGCUAUUCGAUUCGACCGGGCCUUUGGUCACGGAAGACGCUUCGAGAGGCGCAGAGAGAGACCUACCAUGCGGUGAAGCUGGCGUGCAUAAGCUAGCCAUGGUGCUCAACGGACAGUUCACAUCCCCCGACUGCCACUCGCCGUUUGACCCCGAGAAGGAGGCCUUCCUGGAUCCCAACAGCCCGGACUUCAAAGCCCGCGACUGGGCCAAAGCCUUCUACAACGUCAGAUAUACUGCCGAGGGGGUCUCUCCACGGAGGGCCGGUAUUGCCUUUCACAACCUGAACGUUACCGGCUACGGGGCAGCGACCGACUACCAGAUGAGUCCCUGA